CGCACACUGGACGGGCACGUUGGUGAGGUCUACUCAUGCCGCUUUUUCCCCUCUGGACUAGCUGCCCUCACAGCAGGCGCAGACAUGCAAUUGAAAAUUUGGUGUCUUCUAUCGGGAACUUGCGCUGCGACCUUGGCACCGGGAUCAGCUGGUGCCAUGACCGGGACGAGUCCUCUGGAUGACAGUGAGCCCGGAGGACAUCGGUCUGGCAUUUUGGAUACGGGUAUUAUUCAACGGGGUCGUAAUAUUCUAGCCAUUGAUCGCCUCGGAUGGUUGCGUCUUUGGGAUGUUUCUACCCAA